CAGUGCUGGCUCCUCUCCGUCCUCCAUCAAAGCCCGGCUCCAUCUCCGCUGUACGGCGCAGGCCCGAAGUAGCGCAGCCGCUCUGAGCAGUACUGUCGAUCUAGCUGUGUAAGCUUGGCGGCUGAUAAUGGACGAACACGGGGUGCACGAGACAGAACACAUGACCACCAUCGAGGCGAGCGCCGUCAGCCAACAGGUACACGUGGCCGCCUUCACAGACACUGCGAUGAUGAGCGCAGAUGAAGACUCGACGUCCUCUCCAGAUGACGACCCCUACGAUGACACAGACAUCCUCAAUUCAGCUGGCACUGAUGAGAUUACUGCUCACCUGGCUGCUGCAGGUCCAGUAGGCAUGGCUGCGGCUGCUGCUGUAGCAACCGGCAAAAAACGAAAAAGACCUCACAUCUUUGAGUCAAAUCCUUCCAUCCGUAAAAGGCAGCAAACUCGUCUGCUCAGAAAACUACGGGCUACACUGGACGAAUACACCACCAGAGUGGGCCAGCAGGCCAUAGUGCUGUGUGUCUCUCCCUCCAAACCAAACCCGGUGUUUAAAGUUUUUGGUGCGGCUCCUCUGGAGAACGUAGUAAGGAAGUAUAAGAGCAUGAUGUUGGAGGACCUGGAAAACGCGCUGGCUGAGCACGCACCUGCAGGUGGAGAGCUGGCGUCAGAACUGCCGCCGCUCACCAUCGACGGCAUCCCAGUGUCCGUGGAUAAGAUGACACAGGCUCAACUGCGAGCCUUCAUUCCAGAGAUGCUGAAGUACUCGACAGGCAGAGGGAAGCCUGGCUGGGGGAAGGAGAGCUGCAAGCCCGUGUGGUGGCCUGACGACAUCCCCUGGGCUAACGUUCGCAGCGACGUCCGCACCGAGGAGCAGAAACAAAGAGUGUCGUGGACGCAGGCGUUGCGGACCAUAGUAAAGAACUGCUACAAGCAGCACGGCCGCGAGGAUCUGCUGUACGCGUUCGAGGACCAGCAGGUGACGACCGUGAGCGCCGCCCAGCACCACCUGACCGCAGCCCAGAGCAUUGCUCACCUCGUUCCCUCACAGACUGUCGUACAGACCGUCAACAAUCCCGACGGAACCGUCUCACUCAUCCAGGUCGGCACGGGACACACGGUUGCAACUCUGGCAGAUGCGUCAGAACUUCCCGGCGUCACGGUGGCGCAGGUCAACUACUCGACUGUUACAGAUGGGGAGUUGGAACAGAACUGGGCCACACUUCAGGGUGGAGAGAUGACAAUCCAAACAACUCAAGCGUCGGAGGCCACGCAGGCCGUAGCAUCACUGGCUGAAGCCGCAGUAGCUGCCAGUCAAGAGAUCCAGCCGGGAGCCACCGUAACCAUGGCUCUCAACAGUGAGGCAGCAGCUCACGCUGUAGCAACGCUGGCAGAGGCCACUCUUCAAGGAGGGGGGCAGAUCGUGCUGGCAGAGACGGCAGCUGCUGUGGGGGCUCUCGCCGGGGUCCAAGACGCUACAGGAUUGGUCCAGAUCCCGGUCAGCAUGUACCAGACUGUAGUGACCAGCCUCGCCCAGGGCAACCGGCCAGUUCAGGUGGCGAUGGCGCCCGUCGCCACACGCAUAGACAACACUGUCACACUGGACGGCCAGGCAGUGGAGGUCGUGACCUUGGAGCAGUGACACUAUGGACCUCGAACGGAGUAGAAGGCACUGAACAGCCAUCUUGGAGACUUGUUUCUCUUCUGUUUUUUUCAAGACAACACAUUGUGUACGAUGUUGAAUAUAUUUUUAAAUGUACCACUGCAGGGGAAAGUAAAAAUGAUUAUCAAUGCAUUGUGUUUACUAUGUAAAGAUAAGACUUUUGUUGUUGAAUUUCAUUUAUCUUCAUAUUUUUUAAGCUCUGUGAUGUUGAGUGUCUAGUAUUUAUUUCUGUAAAAUUAACCCUCACUUUAAACCAAAAAAAUAAAAUAAAAACACGGAAGGAAAGCCACAAUAUCAUUGCGAUCAAUUUUGGGCUUGAUGUGUACGUACUAUGUAAUGCUAGUCGAUUAUUUUUAUUUGUUUAAAAUGUGGUGCCACAAUCAGCAGUCACUCCCUUUGGUUCCUCUCGUUCCCCAUCGCUGCUCUGCACACUCCCAUAUCAUUUUCUCACAUUAGAGGGGAAAACUAAAUUAAAUUACAUUGUCUUGUCA